GAGUUGUGGGUGUUGAGGAGUUUGAUUGGAGGAGUUUUGUUGGCUCUCUCUUUUUAACUAUCAAGCCCGCUUUUGUCGUGUUAGAGAGAGAGAGAAAAUGGAUAUUGAGGGAAGAGGAAAUGUUAAAGGGGAGAAGAGGUAUUUGGGUGCAUCGGUGGAUUGGAAGGGAAGGCCUUGCAGGCCCAACCAUGGAGGAAUGACAGCUGCAGCCUUUGCAUUAGGACUGCAAGCGUUUGAGAUCAUGGCAAUAGCAGCAGUGGGGAACAACCUAAUAACCUACGUGUUCAAUGAGAUGCACUUUUCUCUCUCUAAAUCAGCAAACAUUGUGACCAACUUUGUGGGCACCAUCUUUCUCCUCUCCAUUCUCGGUGGUUUCCUCGCCGACUCCUACUUGGGAAGCUUCUGGACCAUCCUCAUCUUUGGAUUCGUGGAGCUCUCGGGAUUCAUACUCCUAUCAGUGCAAGCCCACCUCCCCCAAUUCAAGCCCCCAUCAUGCAACAUGAUAACCCAGCCUCAGUCUUGCCAAGAAGCCCAGGGCUUUCAAGCCCUAAUCUUCUUUGCUGGCCUUUACAUGGUGGCCCUGGGAAGUGGCUGUGUAAAACCCAACAUGAUUGCUCAUGGUGGUGACCAGUUUAGAGAGAGAAACACACAAGACUUGAAGAGAGAGAAACAGCUCUCAACUUAUUUCAACUGGGCUUAUUUGAGCUUUUGCUUGGGGGAGCUUGUGGCUCUCACUCUACUGGUUUGGGUUCAGAGCAAGGCCGGGAUGGACGUCGGGUUUGGGGUUUCCGGCGUGGCCAUGGCGUUGGGCCUGGUUUCUGUGGUCUCGGGUGCACCGUUUUAUAGGAACAAGCCUCCACAAGGGAGCAUCUUCACACCUAUUGCUCAGGUUUUUGUGGCUGCCAUCACCAAGAGAAAGCAAAUAUGCCCCUCUAACCCUGAGCUUCUUCAUGGGAACCGCAGUGACGACAGGCCAGGCCCCAACGGUGGUAACCUCCUUCAUACUGACAAAUUCAGGUUUCUGGAUAAGGCUUGUAUCAAGAUCGAAGGCCAUGGAAGCUCCGAGGAGAGCUCAUGGGGACUUUGCACGGUGACCCAAGUCGAGCAAGUGAAGAUCAUACUCUCUGUCACUCCCAUCUUCGCAUGCACCAUAAUAUUCAACACAAUAUUGGCACAGCUACAGACAUUCUCUGUCCAACAGGCCAGUGCCAUGAACCGACGUGUGUCCAACGACUUCGAGCUCCCUCCGGCCUCUCUCCAAGCCAUUCCAUACCUUCUGCUAGUCUUCUUUGUUCCCCUUUAUGAGAAAACCCUAGUCCCCAUGGUCCGCAGGAUUACAGGAAAAGAGUCGGGGAUCUCCCCCCUCCAAAGAAUCGGAUGCGGCCUCUUCACCGCCACUUUCUCAAUGGUCAUAGCAGCUUUAGUUGAGAACAAGAGGAGGAAAAUAGCUCUAGAAUCAAAUCAAAUACUCUCAGUUGGUUGGAUAGCCCCUCAAUUCCUUAUAUUUGGCCUCUCAGAGAUGUUCACUGCAGUUGGGCUCAUUGAGUUCUUCUAUAGGCAAUCUAUAGCAGGGAUGCAAUCCUUUUUGACAGCCAUGACCUACUGCUCAUACUCAUUUGGGUUCUUUUUGAGCUCAUUGUUGGUUUCAUUAGUGAACAAGUUGAGCAAGCAUGGGUCACACAUGGGCUGGUUCUCUAAUAAUGACUUGAACAAGGAUAGGUUGGACCUAUUCUAUUGGUUGCUAGCAGCAUUGAGCAUAAUUAACGUCUUCAACUAUUUGUUUUGGUCUAGGUGGUAUUCUUAUAACCCAUCAGUAGCACCAUCUUCUCCACCAAAGGAUUAUUCAGAGGAAAACCUUGAUUUCAGCGCUUCUAAGCAUUUUGGACCUACCAAUAUGUAAACCUCCCACCCCUCUCUCUCUUACAGCACAAUGUUGGUGUUAGGCCUAUAUGAAUGUCCUUCACCUCAACUAUAUAUAUGUUUCCCCUUUGUGGGGCUCUUUUGUAACUAACAGUUAGUUGAAAAGCAAUGAAAGUAAGCAGUAUC